AUGUCUACAUCAUCAAGCUUGCGCCAAAGUCAGGCUGCCCGGCCAGAUUCCCCUCAUACUCCGCAACAGCAGCUUCGCUCAGGCAAUACUUCCUUCGCCAGCAACACAUCACCGGGCUCAUCCUUUCGCAACGAAGAUGAUGCAAUCAUAUUUGAAAUUGGCGCGAGAUGGCUACGAGCUGGAUUUGAGGGCAGCAGCUCCCCAGUCUGCGUGGUAGGAUUCGGGCCCGAGGACUCGAGGAGAGCGGGGGACUAUCGGGGAUGGAUUGAGGGCGGUUCUGGCGCACGACCGUCAGCGCAGCCUGUUGAUGCUGAAGAUUGGACUCGGGAAUACGAAUUGUGGAGGCUAGACCUGCGACAAACCGACCUAGGGUUGGUCGAAGACAAGAUCGAACGUGCUUUUCGCGAAACCUACAACCAAUACCUCUUGACCGACGCAGGCACAUCCCGCCUGGUCUUGGUAUUACCCUCCCUCAUGCCACAUCCUUUGCUGUCAUCGCUUCUUUCUACAUUGUUUAGCCGCUGGCGCUUCCCUAGUAUCACGCUUCUACCGAGUGCGCCUAUGUCAGCGACCGCUGCGGGAUUGCGGUCUGCCCUGGUGGUAGACCUUGGCUGGGCGGAAACCAUCACCACUGGCCUCUAUGAGUACAGGGAGGUCACCACAAAACGAAGUACAAGGGCAAUGAAAGCCGUGCUGCAAGAAAUGGGCCGAGUCCUCACCAAUGUCGCUCAUAGUUCUGGGCAAGACGGUGCUUCUACCGAUGAGAUCUCCGUGGGAUUCAAAUAUUGUGAGGAAAUCGCGUCCCGACUUGCUUGGUGCAAGGCAGAAGCCCGGGACGAGGAAAAUGGUCACUUGAACCUGAACAUUUCGAUACCCUCACCAACCAACCCGGAACAGGAAUUCAUCGAGGUGCCAUUUUCCCGCCUUGCAGAACCUGUUGAGAAGGCUCUCUUUGCUCCAGAUGUGCCGGAAAGUGAAUUAGAUGACGAAGAGAAACCAAUUCCCCUUCUUGUUUACAAUACCUUGCUCGCACUACCGCCCGAUGCGCGUGGAACAUGCAUGUCGCGCAUUGUAUUUGUGGGUGGCGGAGCUCGAAUCCCUGGCUUGCGGCAGCGAAUUUUGAAGGAUGUUUCAAACUUGAUUGACCAGCAUGGAUGGAGUCCUAUCAGAGGCAAAGUCAUUGAACAGCAACGCCAGCGAUUGGCAGAACUACGAAUUUCAACUGCAAUCAAUGGCGAGACUCAAUCAACUCCCACAGACACGGCAUCCUCGCCUGAAGACGAGAAACCAGACCCAUCUAAAGACGAACCUGAAAUUGAUUUUGUGGAGCAAAAGCUGCGCCGUCAGAACAAAGAUACUCCCGUUCCUGUCCAAGGAAUCUUACGGGAAGUUGACUCUCUUGGGGCCUGGGCUGGAGCUAGCUUGGUGACUAGCCUGAAGAUCCGUGGAAUGGUGGAGAUCGAGCGUGAGAAGUUCCUGCAACAUGGGCUGGCUGGUGGCACCCGAGAAUCAGAACCUGCGCCUGAUCGUCGAUCGGGAUUGAGAGCGGGCGAUCGUUCCAGCUGGACCCUGGCGGGAUGGGCAUGA